AUGUCUUCUCACUCUACUUCUGCGUCUUCCACUGCUGCUGCCAACCAGGCUCUCAUAGCUCUUGUAGCCCGGCUCACUGAGAUGGUUGAAGACAUUAUCUGGUUGCCAUCGCAAGAGGAAAAAAAUGGAGUUGAGCCGGAAGAUUGCUUGCGAAGUGUCGCUAUUACUCUUUCACACCGUCUUGGGCACAAUCAGGACAUGUGCAUGAAGCACCCAUUGUACAGUAAGACAUUGGGUGAUGUACCACCUAUUGCACCUGCAGCUCCUGCAACUGCACCGGUACCUACACCUGCACCUGCACCCACACCUGCACCACCACCUGCUCCUGCUCGUGCCCCGGCACCUGUGCCACAUGUCAGCAUUCGCAUGCCCAGACAUGCGGCAUCCGGUGAGCCUGCACCGGCAGGGCUGUUGAAAACACGGAAACAUCGCCUCAGUACCAGCCCUCCUUUGCCUCGUGCCAACCGGUCCCAGAAGCCUGUCAUCAAGUUGAAGGAGAUCUUGUCUGACACUGACACUGACACUGAGAAGGUGAAGGGGAAGGGGAAGGGGAAGGCCAAGGCCAAGGCACCGGAAGUUGAUGGCGAUGAGGAUGACGACUUCAUUGAUGUCGAUGAUCUUCCAGACGUCGAGCCCCGGAAAUCAAUGCGCAAGGCUGUCAUCCCUGCAAAAAAGCCGGGCACACUGAAGGCAAGUCGGUUGGUUGUGAGUGAGGGCAAUGAAGAAGUAGAUGAAUUGGAGGAGGAUGAAGAGGCACAAGGCAGAUCAAAGGCAAGCCACUGUACGACCAGGGAAUCCAUCCAGUCCAAGGGCAAGGGCACCGGCAGGAAAGCCAAGGUCCAAGAACAGCCCCCCACUGACGGUUCUCUGCCGCCUUGUGACAGGUGCCGGGCGAAGAAGGUGGAGUGUUGCCCCCGAUUGACGAAGAAAGGCGAUGUCGCCUCGACUUGCUCGUUGUGGAGCGCCACCAUUGCCCCCACCACCAACACUGCACCCCCUGUGGCCGCAGUCACCACUCACUCUAAGACGACCCGGUCCAAAGCCACCGGAAAAAAGAUGGGGCAGAAAUCUAAUGCGAAAGGCAAGUCUUUUGCUUCCGACAAGACAAUCCGGCAACCUAGUCCUAUCCAAGAGGAAGAUGAGAGCGUCCAGAUGCUCGAUGGCACUGUGGAUGUGACGGGUGCCCAACAACAAUCGGCCCCUUUGGCAUCUGCAAACGAUUUCCCUCCUGAUCACUGGAUCGAGCCUGACAAUGACGAGUUGCCACCUCCACCUCCAUCACCGGCCAUGGCCUCAGAGGACGACAUCUGGUUCUCACCAUUACCUGUCGUUUACAGCCCGCCCUCCCCUACCACGCCUUCCAGACCCAGUCAGUCCACCCAGCACCCCCUUUCUCAUGACCAGAUGGAGGCCAUGUUGGCCCAAAUUCAUCUUGAGAUGGAGGAACUUCAUACAUGCGAUCAAUUGGAAAUUGACUUCCGGCAACUUCGCCUGGAGUGUCGAAUGGACCUCACAGAGGCAUCUGACAGUGCCAUGUCGGUGCAGAUUGAUCACAUUGAGCAGGAUAUGCAUGCGCAGCGUGCACUCCUCUCUGAGUGCACCGCUGAAGUAAGAGGCAUUGUCAGGUACCUCAGGGAGCAGAGAUGCGGUCAAGCGAACAGCAUCAAGUCCACCAGCAUUCAAUCCACCCCCCCAUCACAGCUCCCGGCCCAUCCAUCAGUGCGUUUGCCCGCACUACCAGGUGGUGAUACGUUUGGUGACACUGCAGAUGGCUCACCGGUCGCAAGGCACAACUGGGUGUCAUCCACCCCCACCAACAUCCCGCCAUUGACAAUGAGGGAAUCCGGCUCGUCUGUUCCUCCGGUUGGGUCACCACCUGUGCAAUCUCCUGAUCUCCCAGUCGCCAGGCCAUCAAGUGUGCCAGCUGAUGUGCAGUCCAUCUCAGCUCCUUUGCCACGCCCGCGAUAUGGACCUCUGUCGCACCAAGGUCGAUCACGCACCACCGGCUUAGCCAUUUCAUUCACUACCGGCCCAUCUGUAUCAUACAUUUCAUCACCAUCCGGCCCAUUUAACACUACUGGCUCAUCUGUAUCAUCCAUUUCACCCCCAUCCGGCUCGUCCGUUUAA